GAAUAUUUUGCACUAUAUCGUGCCCUUAUGCAGCCAGCAUAUCAUAGGACCUAAAGCACCUCCUCCCAUUCAUCUAUAAUCUUCCCAGCAAUGUAGAACAUGGAUACAAUUGGUCUGUAUUUUGUUCUUGGUGCAGUCUGGGAUUUACAGCAGCUGCUGGGUGUCUAUCCACAGCUUACCCAUGUAGCAGGGGCAACAUUGCACGGCUGAAGUCAACCAGAGACUUCUCCUUAUGA